GGGUCGGAGGGCGGCGGGGGCGUCCAGAGGCGGUGGGCAUGGCCCCGGAGCCCGCCAGCCCCCCGCAGGUGGUCCGCGCCGCCCAGAAGGAUGACUAUUACCGGGCAGAGCUGCAAGGCACCGCGGGCGGCGCCCUGCACAACCUGCUGGGUGCCAGGAAGUGGCUGGAGUGGAGAAAAGAGGUGGAGUUGCUCACAGACCUAGCCUACUUCAGUCUCACCACGUUGUCCGGCUCCCAGACCCUGGGGGAAGAGUACGUGAACGUCGUCCAGGUGGACCCGUCGGCGCGGAGAGUCCCUUCGUGGCGGCGGCGGGCGGCCCUGGUGUGGUUGCAGACGGUGGCCCCGUACCUCCUGGACAAGGCCCUGCUUCACCUGGAGCACGAACUCCAGGCGGAAGGCGGGAGCGGCGGGAGCGGCGGGGCCGGCCGAGGCGGGGCCGGGCCGGGCGGCCGGAGCCCGUCCGUGGCGCGGGCCUGGGUCCGGCGCUGGGUCAGCCCCUUGACCGAGCAGCAGAAAAAGACCCUCCUGUGGAUCGUCCCCGUCCUGAGGCAGAGCCUGGCGGCCCUCCGGCGCCUGCACGUCGCCGUCUUCUACAUCCGCGGCGUCUUCUACCACCUGGCCAAACGCUUCGCCGGAGUCACUUACCUCCAGGUCCGCCGCUUGCCGGGAGACGACGGAGGCAUCCGGGCCAGUUACAAGCUCCUGGGGGUCGUCAGCCUGCUGCACCUCCUGUUCUCGGUCGGGACGCGGCUCUACGGCUUCCAGAGGAGGCAGCGGGCCAGGAAAGAGUGGAAGCUCCACCGCGGCCUGUCCUGCCGCAGGAGUCCCGCGGAGGAGAAGGGGGGGCUCCGCAGCUCGCUGUGCACCCUGUGCCUGGAGGAGCGGAGACACGCCACGGCCACCCCCUGCGGCCACCUGUUCUGCUGGGAGUGCAUCACCGAGUGGUGCCACACCAAAGCGGAGUGUCCUCUCUGCAGAGAAAAAAUUCUCCCACAGAAACUGAUUUACCUGCGCCAUUACCGAUAGGAUCAGCCACUUCCCCCCGCCCCAAGUUGGGGAAAGGACUCAAGAGAAAAGGAGGGAGGCUCUUUGGAGCGUGACUUUAUUCAUGGACCAGCAACACACAGUUCAUUUCAGUUCAUGCACAGUCUUUACUCACGUUCA